GUGAGUGUGAGAGAGAGAGAGAGAGAGAGAGAGAGAGAGAGAGAGAGAGUGAGUGAGAGCAUCAGUUGUGUCUCUUCAUGUGCAGAGCCAGGUGGUCGGAGCGGGAGAAGGCCCUCUGACACAGCAGGCACUCGUAGGGUUUCUGGCCAGUGUGCUUGCGGUAGUGACGCGUCAGCUCGUCGGAGCGCGCAAAUUUCCAGCUGCAGCCUUCCCAUGAACAGUGUGGCCGCAUGUUGUCAAUGUGCCAACGGCUUUAAAAGAUUCAACAUGAUGGAGGCUUCCUCACAGAGUAAAGACAGCAGAGGAGGACUAUGGAACAACCCCAGAGCCACCCAGUACAGCAAGGAGACCCAGGAUAUGCUGAGAUUGAUGAUGCAGGAAUCAAGACUCACCAAUGUGCAGAGAAAACAGCUCAACAAAAGCCUCAAGAAUGCAGCAGCAUUACAACUGACCUCUGACCCCACAUCAUCAGCUUCCCCCUCUCAGCCUAAAACCAGUAAAUCUGUCCCGAUGUUCCUGCCAGGCAGGACUCAGAAACGCAGCGCUGAAUCUUGUCGCUCUGGGAACAACUACGUCAGAGAAAAGUUCACCCCUGGUCCUACAAGAGACCUAGAGAAAGAGAAGAGGAGGCUUCAGAGUAUACUGGCAACAGGAAAAGAAGAACCCACAGCUGCAUCUUCCCAAAAAGUUCCCGCAUGUCAGAACCCAGAUGCGUCAGAGGAGAAAGACCGGUAUCAGGAAGUUCUGGAUGAGAUAGAGGAGAGAAGACAGUUUCUGGCAGAUAUGGCCUCUCUGGGUCAGGAGGCGCAGUACAUUGGCAUCAUUAACACGGAGAUAUCUCAGAGGAUCCGAGAACUGCAGCUGCUGGAGAAGGACUACAGUCGUGAGAAGGGUCCAGUGACAUCUGAGAGGAAAGGGUCGGAAGAUAACAAAGACUGACUUGAAAGAGACAGGAAAGAAGACUCACUGCCACUGACUGAACAUUGACUUGGAAAUCAGGUGCAAGCAGUGAAACU